AUGGCCCCCCUGAAUCCCGCAUCUCAGGAAGCAAUCAGAAGACUCCGAAACUAUGUUCCCCCGCCAACGACCUACAACUUGGUCCCACUGAGCAGACAGGCGGCUGUGCUAAUACUGCUCUUCGCCGAUGCCAAGGGUGACCUUAAGGUUGUUGUUACGAUCCGGGCUAAGACACUAAGUUCGUAUGCAGGAGAUGCUGCUUUACCUGGAGGUCGAGCAGACAAGACAGAGACAGCCUUUCAAACGGCGCGCCGCGAGGCAAGCGAGGAGAUCGGCCUCCCCGACAUAAACCAAAAGCUUCCAACCCCAUUCAGUGUGGAGCAUCUCUGUGAGCUCCCGGCAAAUCUAGCUAGAACGGAAGUAGUUGUGCGUCCCUGCGUUGCUCUUCUCCAUAGCUAUGAUCCCCGCUUGGGGCUGAAUGCCGAUCCUGAGUUGUCACUUAUUCCUAUUUUGGAUGCAAAAGAGGUAGAGGCUGUUUUUACUGCACCAUUCAAGGACUUUUUGAGUGAAAAUGUAUAUGAUGUGCACCAAUUCUUUGUUCAACAAAAUGGACAGGGCUAUCGUAUCUUUGGAAUGACAGCAAGAAUUAUUGUUGAUGCAGCUCGUGUGGCAUAUGGACAGGAACCCGAAUUUGAACAUAACAGUCAUUUUGGGGAUGAAGAGAUGAUUGCCAAAUUGUGUCAAUCAGGUCGAUUUCAAGAAAAGCCCAAACUUAGUUAA